AUGAACUUUGGGAAAGCUUACAGUACCUUUAACAUCAGCAAUGGAACAGAUCUAGUUAUUGGCUUUACCUCUUCCACAGUAGCCGUCCUUCUAUUUGGGACAAACUUUGUGCCUGUUAAGAAAUUUGAUACUGGUGACGGCAUGUUUUUUCAGUGGAUUCUCUGUGCCUCCAUAUGGAUAGUUUCUUUAGUGGUCAAUUUAAUCCAGAAUUGCCCCCGGUUUUGGCCUCUGGCUAUGGUUGGAGGUUUUGUGUGGGCUACAGGCAAUGUUACAGUUGUCCCUAUUGUUAAAACUAUUGGCUUAGCUCUUGGUCUUUUGAUAUGGGCUUCUUUUAAUUUGCUGACGGGUUGGGCAAGUUCAAGGUUUGGUUGGUUUGGAAUUGACCCAGAAGAGGUAUCAAGACCAAUCUUAAAUUAUAUUGGAGCUGGACUUUCAUUAUUAAGUGCUGUCAUAUUUCUUUUUAUAAAAACUGAAGUCCAGAGUUCUUCAGCUUCAUUAGAAAGCACGCCUUUACUGAGAGAAAGUUCUAUUAAUGUUUCUGAAGAUACCUCUGAUGACUCAUGGGUGAACAGACUUUCUCCAGCAAAAAAAAGACUCAUAGGAUGUAGCCUGGCUGUAGUAGCUGGAAUACUCUACGGUUCCAGUUUUGUACCAGUACUUUACAUCAAGGACCAUGGAAGAAGAAAUGAAUCUAUAUACACGGGAGCAAGUCAAUUUGAUUUAGAUUACGUUUUUGCACACUUCAGUGGAAUAUUUCUUACAAGUACCAUCUACUUUUUGAUCUACUGUGCAAUCAGGAAAAAUAAACCUAAUGUUUAUCCCCAAGCCAUAUUGCCAGGGUUUGUUUCUGGUGUGCUUUGGGCAAUAGCCAAUUGCUGCUGGUUCAUAGCCAAUCACUAUCUCAGUGCUGUGGUCAGCUUUCCAAUAAUUACUGCAGGUCCUGGCCUUGUUGCUGCAAUGUGGGGAGUCCUUGUAUUUAAAGAAGUCAAGGGACCGAAAAACUACAUGUUACUCUCAGUAGCGUUUUGCAUCAUUUUGGCUGGAUCACUCUGCACAGCUUUUUCUAAAGUUUGAAGGGAUCUUCUGGACCAGUAGAUGGUGCUACUGUUUAAUAUAAACAGAAAUAUCGCAAUAUGUAAUAGUUUUCAGAAUGUAUGUCCAGCAUGUACCCUAACUUGCUUCAGGCAAGUGUUAAAAAAAAAAACAAAACACCCUUUGCUAAAUGUUCCUAUUUGGCGUGAAAGAAAAUCUGGAAAUGUUUGUUUCUGCAUUU